GCCUAAUAAUAAUAAUAUGCAUUAGCACGCACCGUUUUGAAACGAGAAAGAAAAGGGUUUUUGAUUCCAGAAAAACCAGACACAGCGAUAGAUAACAGUAAACGGAUUUCGCUCACUCUCUCCUUCGAUCGCUGAAUUUCGUUUCAGUAACCAUGGCAGAUGAAGCACAGGCUGACCUGAAAGAGGAGGUUCCCGAAAUUGUUCCAUUUGAUCCUACUAAGAAGAAGAAGAAGAAGAAAAUCACAAUUGUAGAUCCUGCUGAUGAUUCAGUGGACAAGCUGGCUGAGAAGACAGAAAAUCUGUCAGUUUCUGAAGGGGUUGAGAGCACAUUCACUGGUUUAAAAAAGAAGAAGAAGAAGCCGGUUGAAAUGAGUGCCUUAAAUGAUGAAAGUGUAGAUGCUGUUGAAGAUUUGGAUGGUCCCAUUGAAGAAGAUGAAGAAGAUGCCAUACCCUUGCAACCUCGUUAUCCUUGGGAAGGCAGUGAUCGUGAUUAUGAAUACGAGGAGCUUCUUGGCAGGGUGUUUAACAUUCUACGUGAGAAUAAUCCAGAGCUUGCUGGAGACAGACGGAGGACUGUUAUGAGGCCUCCGCAAGUUCUACGUGAGGGAACCAAGAAAACUGUUUUUGUGAAUUUUAUGGAUCUAUGCAAAACGAUGCAUCGGCAGCCAGACCAUGUCAUGGCUUUCUUGCUUGCUGAACUGGGUACAAGUGGCUCCCUAGAUGGACAGCAGAGGUUGGUAGUGAAGGGAAGAUUUGCGCCAAAGAACUUUGAAGGAAUCCUGCGGCGAUACAUCAAUGAAUAUGUCAUUUGCUUUGGAUGCAAAAGUCCUGACACUAUACUUUCUAAGGAGAACCGUUUGUUCUUUCUCCGGUGUGAAAAGUGUGGAUCAGGAAGAUCAGUGGCUCCAAUCAAAGCUGGUUUUGUUGCGCGUGUUGGCCGUAGGAACGCCGGGACAUGAUUUUAUCUCUUUUUGUUGUUUUUAUCUGAACAUGUAGACUGGCUGGGGGAAUGAACCAUGUCCCAAAAAAGUUUAGCCUAUGAUGCAUACGUACUUCAGUUGAGUUUAUUUCGGUACAUUUUUUGUUUGCUUUCAGUUUACAUGAUGAUUUUCCUUUGAGA